AUGGCUGUGUUAGUGGGGGGUGUGGGGGUGGUGAGGGGUCAAUUUGGGUCGUGUCGCCGGUUCGGUGAUGACCCCAUGGGUGGUCCUGAGGGGUGGUGGGGGGUGUAUGUGGGGGGAAGGCGCGUCUUAGUUGGUGUUCCGGGGACCCGGGUUAUUGGGGUCGGUCCUCGUCCCUGGACUCUCACUUCCUUCCCCCCUCCCUCCUUUCCAUGUCUCCCCCUUCCUCCCCCCCUCACCCAUCGCCUUCUCUCCCUCGUCCUGUCUUCCUCCCUUCUUUUUCCCCUCCUCAUCCCUAUCCUUCUUCCACCCCUGACCUCCCUCUCUCCCUCGACUCUCUCCCUCCCUCCGCUCCCCCUCUCCCCCAUCCACCUCGUCUCCUCAUCUCUUCCUCCUCCCACCAUUCUCCCGUCCUCUCCCCACCCCUAUCGCUCCUCGGUUUGCAUCUCCUCCUCUUCUGCUCCGUCAUCUUCCACAACUCGUCUCCUCGUCACCUCGUUCUCAUUCUCCUUCCUUUCGAGACUACUCUCUCAUAAACCUUCCCCUCCUGCCUCCUCUCUCUCUCCCAGCUUCACCACUCAUUCGUCUCCAUCCUCCGCGAUCUUCCUCUCAUACUUCUCACCGUCCCCUCCUGUCUCUCUUCCCUCCUCUCCUCCCACCCUGUCUUCGCCCCGUCCCCGCCCUCCUCUCGCCCCUCACCCCUAUCUCCUCACUCCCCUUCUGAUGUCUUCAUCUCCCUUCCCCCGGUCUCCUGCCCCCUCUUCAUCCUCUUCCUCCCUCCCCCUUCAAUCGCUACUUACUUCCCCUUCCCCACUACCUUCCAGUUCUACACUUUUCCUCUACCUUUUCCCUUCGCUCCUUCAUCUCCUCUUCUCCACCUCUCGUCUCCCUCUGCCUCUCCCUUCCCUUCUCUCCUCCUCCACCUGCCCCUCCUCUCGCUUCAUCCGGUCUCUCCCAAAUCCUCCUCACUCCUUUCCCCUCCGCCCGCCGGCAGGGACACACGGGUGGGGGCCCCCGUUGGGUGGGGUUGGGUGGGGAUUGUGGGUGGUUUUGGGGUUUUUUGUUUUUGGUGUGGGGGGUGGCGGUGGGGUGUUGGGUGGGGUGGUUGUUCUGGGGGCCAACCAAGCUGAAAUUGAGUUGCUGGGGGGGGGGGUUUAG